CCACAGAUAAAAAUGUUUGACUUCCAUCCAUCCUCUCAAAAGCAUCCUCUCAACCCUCGCAGGACCGUCAACGACCUGCGCUUUUGAUUAAAACUCUCUGGAUAGCAGUCAGCAUCCCUUCUGAGGGAUCCAGCCACUGUUCCCUCUGGUCGAGGCAACCUGUUACUCGAGGAGAAGCAGGCUGCAUCGCGUCUGUAGAGAAUAGAGACACAUUACGACGAACAAAAGGGUGUUUUGUUGGGAUUAAAAGCGACAAACAAAGGCAGCUUCGUUGAACCUGUUACCUGACAGAAGGUCAGGAGUCAUGACAGCGCUUGCUGGAGGUUUACCGAGAAUGAUGAGACCGACUCCUCACCAGAAUUAUCCGCGGGGAGGAUACUCUCUGGAAGUCUCUACUCCGUUGGGACAGGGUCGGGUCAACCAGCUCGGCGGUGUCUUCAUUAACGGCAGACCUCUCCCCAACCACAUCCGCCAUAAAAUCGUGGAGAUGGCCCAUCACGGUGUCCGGCCGUGUGUCAUCUCCCGUCAACUGCGCGUGUCCCACGGCUGCGUCUCCAAAAUCCUAUGCCGGUACCAGGAGACCGGCUCCAUCCGACCGGGGGCCAUCGGAGGCAGCAAGCCCAAGCAAACCGCUACUCCAGAGGUGGACAAGAAAAUCGAAGAGUACAAGAGAGAAAACCCGGGCAUGUUCAGCUGGGAAAUCAGGGACAAAUUACUGAAAGAUGGGAUCUGCGACAGGAACAACGUUCCCUCAGUGAGCGCCAUCAGUCGCAUCAUGCGGUCGAAAUUCGGCGGAGCCGGUGAUGAUGAUGAGGAGGAUGAUGAAGUGGUGAAGAGGGAGAUGGAGGAAAGCGAACCACGGACCAAACACAGCAUCGAUGGCAUUCUGGGAGAUAGAUCCAGUCACUCGGACGAGGGCUCCGACGUGGAUUCAGAGCCAGGCCUGCCUCUGAAGAGGAAGCAGCGUCGCAGUCGGACCACCUUCACAGCGGAGCAGCUGGAGGAGCUGGAGAGGGCCUUUGAACGCACGCACUACCCCGACAUCUACACACGGGAGGAGCUGGCUCAGCGGGCCAAACUGACGGAGGCUCGAGUUCAGGUGUGGUUCAGCAACAGAAGAGCCCGGUGGAGGAAGCAAGCAGGAGCCAAUCAACUGAUGGCGUUUAACCACCUCAUUCCCGGUGGUUUCCCUCCGUCAGCUAUGUCCGGCCUGCAGCCCUAUCAGCUGUCCGACAGCCCCUACACUCCCACUUCUAUAGCUCAAGCAUCCGAGCAGCCCAGUACAGUCCACCGACCGCAACCUCUGCCCCCCACUUCUGUGCACCAGGGUGGGCUCGGCUCAUCAGCGGGCUCCCAGGAUGGAAGCUCUGCGUACUGCCUGUCCUCUGGACGUCACGGCUUCUCAGGAUAUUCGGACAGCUUUGUGUCCCCGACAGGACACACCAACACUGUCAACCCCAGCAUCGGCAACAGCCUCUCACCACAGGUAAUGGGCCUAUUGAAUCCAGGUGGAGUGCCACAUCAGUCCCAGAGUGACUUUGCCCUCUCCCCACUGACCGGAGGCCUGGAGCCCAAUGGUGGCAUGGCUGCCAGCUGUCAUGGUUCCCAGCGCUUGGAGGCUCUACCAGGCCUGACCAGUAUGCCCACCCUGCCUAGCACCCAGUCUUACUGCCCACCUUCUUACACCUCCCCAGCCUAUGCCAUGGACCACCAUCCAUCCUACCAGUAUGGACAGUACAGUCAGAGCAAGGUGCCUUUCAUUAUAUGAAGCCCCCAACAUGGCCUGAACAGGAGGCUUCCCGGCCAGUCUGACAUUCAUCGCCCCCACCCCGCUGCCUUUGCCAAACAUCCCCAGCCUCGAGGACAGUGAGAGAGAGAGAGAGAGAGAGAGAGAGAGAGAGAGAGAGAGAGAGAGAGAGAGAGAGAGAGAGCGGUUUGGGUGGGUGAAGGGGUUGAGGUGUUCUGCUUCAGCAAGGGAACCAGUUGAGAUGGAGGUGUAGUGAUGGCGAUGGAGGGGGGGUUGACUGGAAUAAUUAGGACCAAAGGCGCAGCCUCUCCUGUUACCUGGCAAUCGCUUUGCUUGUGCGUCACGUCACGCUCCAUGGACCAAGCACGGCUUG